GUAAUUGCUGGAGGAAAAGAUCAGUAUCAAGACUCGGUCGAGAGCGGUCUGGAAUAAUAAUUUUAUCUUUGGAGAAAUUUCAUCAAGAAUAAUUCAUUAUUUACAGGGCGAUAGACAUCUGAUCCUUUGGAAAAGUGUUUCCUCUUUUAUACCAGAAUCUUCGUGAUGUCUCCCCACAAUAACACCCCGAGACCUCAGAAAUCUGAAAAUCUUCCAGAGCAUCUCCAAGGAGAACCUAACUCACCGCGAGUAAGCGCUCCCAAGAGGCCCAGACUUUCCCCCUGGACCUCUGGAGAAAUUGAACAGCCUCUCAAAAUCAGCACAACGCCUGGAGAGAUUGGUUCAGAAACGAAAUUUAGCCCUGGUCAUGCACCAGGCUAUUUGCAAUGGAAAAGAGCCCCCGCUGCCGAUCUAGCCAAUGAGACUGAGGUAGAGAAGAAAAGCCGACUGAACAAAAGACACGCCCCAAAGCGUAAAAGAGGCACUAUCUGUAUCGAUGACGGAACCAUUGACCGAAGCCCUGCGAUUCUUGGCGAGCCAGAUCCCUCAAAACUUGUACUUAGGUUCAAGACCCAAGAAACUGACGAAUAUACCAAUAAACCAAUUCAAAGCGAUGUCGAAUUUCGAUACGGGGAGGGUUCAAAAGGUGUUCCAGUGGAUUGGAAGGAUACCAAAUCUUUGAAUGCACUUAACAAUUGGCGCAAUCAAGUUAUUCGACGAAGCAUUGGCAAAGCAUAUGAUCAUAAGGAAUUUUGGACUGUACAAGAACAAAAGAUUAUCACCGAAUUAGUUCGGGACUAUCUUAAUGCCAAAAAAGAUAUCGACUGGACGCAGAUCGCCGAUGAUUAUAACUCCUCAAUCGAGAAAAUUGAACAGGAUAAAGGAAUACCUGGUGCUCCCCGGCGAUAUCAUUGCAAGAGCAGCCACAAGACUCCUCGGGAAGCUGUCUGCGUCUCGGUACCUCUCCGUGAGAAUCGUAAGAUACCCAAACGGCAUGACUGGGUCUUACGACAAGAGAUGAGCUACUUUCUCGCUUCCGAUGCUAUUGCAGUAAUGGACAUGUUGAGAAGCAGUGGCCUUCCCCAGAGAAAUGGAAUCCACCAGCGGGGACUCUCGGCGGGCAGCGUCGACUGGGGAGGCAGGACGAGGAUGGGGCAGCUGCUCGGGAAUCUUUUGAUGAGCAAGAGUCUUUUGCUUCUUCUACAUAUGAGACCGAUCGCUCUAUGGUUGAAGAAUCAUCAAAAUUGGCACCAACUCCUCCAAGUCCUCCUCUUACCCAUCCUCGGCCACUUAAACCUCGCCAAAUGACUAUCCUUCAACAUAAAGCAGAGCCAUCUCGUAGUCGAUACAAGAAGCGCAAUGUUUACAGCGAAGAGAUUGUUUAUGAUAGAUUAUCACCUGAUUUGCACCGUUCCUCAACCCAUUUUAACCCGAGUCAAGGACCUGGUGAUAGACGACAAGCUCUUGAUCUUUUGGCUGAGCAGGCUGCAAUCAUGUAUGAUCAUUUGCCUAAAGAGUCAAAAUGGUCAGCUCCAAGACCUGUUGUACCUAGUAUCACACCUGCUCUUAGUGCACCUGCACCUGCGCCAAUUAGGUUUCGUCUUGUGACUUUUGAUCCUAAUGUGUCUACUCCCAAUACGCCUGUUCGAAUGCCAAUUGCUCCCAUGGUACCUGUUUCUAAAUCGCCUAUCUUCAUGAACCCUGUCUCAGUGUCAUCUACUUCUAUUGUAGCGAGAGAAAAUUCCGUAGAAUCCGGCCCUCGCCAAAUGACUUUUGCGCAGAGACCAGGUUCUUCAACAAGUCCUCUUAAUAUAGCUUUCAUCCAGCCACGACCACAUGUUCCUCGUGUACCUGAUUGGGAGAUUAAUCGUCAACUGAGAGAAAAGGCCGGAGAAGAAAUUUCUGAAGCUAACGCCAAGAAAAUCUGUACUUCCGAGCCAGCUCCUGAGAUUUGAAUAAGCCAUGUAUCUGAUUUUUCUCUACCUCAAUUAUUUUGUUCUCGAACUUUGCUGCAUUAGGACAAUUUCUAAUCAAUAUAGUCGUUUCUCUGGGUCA